CAACAGCGUCGGAAAAGCCGCUACAACGCGUUCACACACGUGCCGGCAACGGGUGCGUUGCUGUGCUUGAAUUAUGAGCAUUUUUACGACGCCACUAAACGACAGCCAGCAGCCAUUUACGGAACGGCCCCAACGACAAACCUGCCCUUUAGUUCUCUCGGCUUGUCGCCCUGUCUCGCCAUCCCAACGCGCACUGACCGCGAAGACGUAACCGAAAUUGCCAAAAAAUAAGAGAGACACAAAAAAUACAAAAAAAAAACCAACUAAGGUUACCCAUCCACGUGCGCGAUGAAAGCCAUCGGUACAUCGACCCGGUUGCUUCUUCAGCUGGCAAUCCUGUGUGCCACCGCGUGCGGACUUUGCGGGGCCACCGUGAAAAGUCCUUCCACCCCAGGACCACCAGUCAGUGCCGCAGUGCCACUAGAUAAAUCACCGCCCUUCGGCACCGACCGAUCGCAGGAACUCGCGAGCCUCAGCCACUCGGGAUGGGCCACUUUUAAUCCGGCUCCGGCACCACCCUGGCACGGUGCGGUCGAUAAAUCGGAAAACAAUCAACCGGAAAUGAAAGUUCGCCGCCGGAACCAUCACCCUGAGGGUGAUGGGUGGCGCAAAGCGACCCGCAUGCUCGACACCGACGUGGUGGAUGCCGCGAAUGAUGACUACUACGACGGAGACCCAGCCCCCGAUGGUGACGGUGAUAAUUAUGAGGAUGACAAAGUAAUCAAUUCGGGCGCGUUGGACAACUUUUUCGACGUUAACUCGCCGGUUCUGCCGGGUGGUGGAGAUGCGAAGGAUCACCGGCCGGGUGAUUUCAACCGGCGGCCGACGUUGGGUGCGGCGUCUCGGAAUGCUGGCGAGGACACCGAGGACGAUGAUGAGGAUGAAGAGGAGGACGACGAAGAGGAUGAUGAUGAGGACGAGGAUGACGAGGACGGUGAGGUGUCGUAUGGUGAGGACAUACUGCCACCAAGCGGUGCAUUUGGGACGUUCGGUGAGCGGCCAGAGGAUGGCCUAAAGGUUGAAGAGGCCCCAUACUUCCUCGUCGAGCCACAGAGCACGUACGUGAUCCGGAGCAAACCGGCCGUGCUGAAGUGUAAAGCUGCCAACACGCUGCAGAUAAACUUCAAAUGCAGUGGCAGCAUAAAGCCACCCCCAUCGGUUGAGGAGUCACACGUGGACCCACACAGUGGCGUCCACUUCCAGGAGGUGACGGCAACCAUCUCGCGCGACCUGGUUUACGAGUACUUCGGGAAGCUGCCGUUCAAGUGCGAAUGCCACGCGUGGUCUCCGCGUGGAAAAGCCGUCAGCCAGCCGGCGUCGAUCGUCGUCGCUUAUCUGAAGAAAAACUUCGAGCUUCCGGAGGCACGCAUUCGCGCCGAGGCUGGAGAAAAGCUGGAAAUCAAGUGUGUCGCUCCCAAGGGCUAUCCAAAGCCGCAGGUCACGUGGCUGAAGAACAAUUUCACCAUCACGACGAGUCCGCUGCUGACGUUCACGGCCGAGGGAAACAUUGUGAUAACCAGCGUCAACCUGCAGGACAUCGGAAACUACACAUGCGUCGCGGAGAACAUUGCCGGAAAAAGGACAUCGGACGCGAUCGAACUAAUCGUGUAUGUGAACGGAGGAUGGAGUCAAUGGAGCGCUUGGCUGGAGUGCCGAUGUCCGGGAAAAGCUGCCCAAGGAAGAAAGCGAACUCGCACCUGCAGCGAUCCUAUUCCACUGUACGGUGGGGCGCCUUGUGUGGGUCCAAACCAGCAGAAGACGGCCGACUGUGUGUCCUGUCCAGAGGACACACAAAUUAUCACCCCCAAUGGAUUUGAGGAUAACACAUUUGUGCGCCGUUGGUCCGGUUGGUCCACCUGGAGCUCGUGCACCACCAAGUGCACGCAAUCGAGAAGACGCGUCUGCCAGACGCAGAGCAUGGACUUCUACGACAAAGCGCUCGUGAAGCACCAUCAACAGUUGGCCGCCCUGAUGGAGGACCACGACGAGCAGGAAAGCAGUGCCUACGGAUGUCACGGCAAGGACAUCCAGACCAUCGUGUGCCGCGGCGGUGAAUGCAAAAUUGAUGACACAGCUUCCGAUUGGAUCUUCUACCUCGGACUCGGAUUCAUCGUGACGCUCUGCCUAACGUUCCUGGUGUUUCUGGUGCACAUGCGGCACCGCCAAAAAAUGCCGACGUACUCCAUCACAAGGACCUCCCCAGACCAGCACACGUACACGCACGAAUUCCAGAAGAAACUGACACUCGCCGUAAACCCACCGGACAUCAACAUCCGCGUGAACGGGUACGAGUACUCGAACGGCAGCACGAUGGAGGCGCCCAAAAUACCGAGCCAAAACGUUCCGCUGCUGCUGACGCGGUCCGUUUCCGAGCAUCACUACGACGAACCGCAGUUUAACUCGGGACAAGGGAUUCAGGCGUCCAUUCUGCAGAAGGAUGGCUCCGAGAUUAAUGCCUACAACCAACAGAAGGCGUCCGUGGGAGCAUCCGGUCUGGAGCAUCAUUACCAUCAGUAUCAUGCACUCGAGCAGAGCCAACAGCAGCGGCCAUCAGUGGUGUCCGCCUCCCCGGCCACUCAAAAGGGUCAGUAUCGCAGUACUGAGUCGCUAACUGCCACCUCCAAUACCAAUACAUCAAACUCCACAUACGCCAUCGCCACAACGGACUCGCUGGAAACGUGCAGCUCCUCCGAGGCCAUGUACAAAUCGAACUCCGUCCGUCAGAUCGUCACCGUGGACGGAGGCUGGCUGGAGCUGGAACACCUGCAAACAUCGCUGUCCAUCCCCGAGGGUGCGAUCCCGACAACGCUCAGGAUCAACGUGUUCCUAGCCGUCAUGUACGACUCCAAAGACACGAUACUAGUCGAGAACCAGGUGACGCACAUUAGCCCGACCGUCGUGUGCGGCCCUGCAAAGAGCAACUUCUCGAAGCCACUGAUCGUGAAGGUGCCUCACUGUGCCGAGGAUAUCGCCAGCUGGAAGGUGUCGCUGUUCUAUAAAGAGGAGGUGACGAACUGCUGGAAGAAGAUCGCAUCCUCGGAAAAUGACGUUCCAAGCCCACAGGCGUACAUCCAGCUUGAUCAGGCGAAUGCGUACAUCAUGACGCGAAAGCUCGGCAAGUACAUGUUGGGUGGUGAGAGCCUUACACCCGAGGUGCCCGUCACUAAGCGGCUGAAGAUCGUCAUGUUUGGUCCAGCUCGAAAGCCCGAAGCGGACUUCAACAUCCGUGCGUAUGUCCUGGAGGACUACCCGAGUGCGCUCGAGCACUGCAGUGGCAUUGAGAGUCGGCUUGGGUAUUACCAGAUCGGCCAGAGCUCGCCUUUUCACUUCGCCAACAGCAAAGAGGCGAUGACACUGCGCAUCAACUGUUCCGGUGGGUGGACAACGGUGGCCGAAUGCGCGAUCCAGAAGAUCCCUUUCAACCACAUCUGGAAGAACAUGGCGAUCUUGCACUGUGAGUUCCUGCUGCAGAAACUGGCCGGAGAGAUGCCUUGCCUGCGGCUCGAGUUGGCUGCCGAGCAGGAUAAUGGCACGAAAGUGCUCAUCACGUCCGUGGCGUUCUCGUGAUAGUACCUAGCACGUGCCCUCCAGAAGCUGAUGACCAUUUAGGGCCAAUGGGCGCCGUAUGACGCUUACUACAUUCGUACACGCGUAUGCGAUUAUAUAUAAAUAGAGAGAAAGAGUGAUAUGUAACCCAUAUUGUAGUUGCUGUUAGUUGCGCACCACGUUAGAGAAUGUCGCAAGGCGAGAAAGCCCCCCAAAAAGGAAGGUCCUUACGAAACGAAGAAAACGAACUCCCCUCCUUCGUAGUGUUAGAAUCUCAUACCCAUCCCCCUUUACGCGGAUAAGAAAGUUGUUGAUUGAACCUUUAUUAUGUACUCGGUUGAAGUGGUUGUUCAGCGAAACGCAAACGAAAUACGAAAGAAAAUGAAACUCGAAAUAAAUUCGAUACGUGAACAGUUACAAAAAAAAUACGACAAACAACGUGGUUCUUAGUGCAUCCAAGUUAGUAUUGAAAAGCCAAACGAACCGUUACGCGUCACUCUCAUGUAUUUAGGCUGAUCGUUUGUCCGAUCGUUCACUCACUUUCUAUCUCAGCGAUCGACGCAUCGCGCAUUAAUCGAGUUGUAUAAAUUACGCAGUAGAUGCCGAUUAGUGACGAAUGCGUUUCAUAGUUCUGUUUCCCACGGACGUCCUUCGUUUUCCUUACCGUAGCUCGAAUUGAC